AAUAGUAUUUUUUUUUUUUAAUGUAGGGUAAAAUAAUUCAGUUUCGGUUUGAAAUCGAUUCAGCUAUUCCCGAACACGUGUUUGUGUGAUGCUUUCCUAUAUGCAAUUACUUCCUCAGCAAAUGAGGACCUAAAGCCAGAAAAGUAAAUAGGGGAAACGUAAAGACUGCCCGCUUCAGAUUAAAUCAAAGUGCACGCUAUAUGUUGCGCGUCGCGCGUAAUUUGGAGUUUGGGUUAAAAAACAAAAUCGACUCGGCAGUUUCCAAAAGAGCGGAGGGUUUUUUUUCUCUCUCCCUUUUUUUUAAACGUGUGGGGCUUGUCUGUAGGAAUUAGGCGUCUUUCCCACCACAUAUUAUUUCCCCCAUAGUUGUGGUGGGAGCUGGUAAGGUGGGUUAACUCCAGCUCAAGUCUCCGUGAAGCGCAGAGCAGUGAUGACGUUGGGUUGGAUGACCAAUCGGGAGGCGCUGCCCUUUGGAGACAAACCAUUUUACUUGUAGUGUCUGCAUCAAGUCUGGAAGCAAGGGCUCAAUUUUAACAGAAUCCACCUUAAAAUCUCUCCCUUAACUUAUGCCUACCUUCCACCACUUUGAGUGAGAAUAUCACAGGACAAGGGGGGGAAAUAAAGACGCCUCUGGAAAAAUCGGGUGUUAAUAGGACAAUAUCUGCUCGCGGUGGAGAGAGGGGAGAGAGACAACAGCACAGCGAGAGAGAAAAAACCGAUUUGGUCUUGAGAGAGAGGGGGGUGAGUGCUCUCAAGGCAGAAAAUUCGAUGAUGACCAUGACUACGAUGGCUGACGGUCUGGAGGCUCAGGACUCGUCCAAGUCUGCUUUCAUGGAGUUUGGACAGCAGUCGCACUCACAGCAGAGCUCCCCAUCGAUGGGCAGCGGCCACUACCCGCUGCACUGUCUCCACUCCGGCUCACACUCUCACCACCAGCACGACAACACCCCGUACCCCGGGAGCAACACCUACAACAGGUCGUUACCUUACCCUUACGUGAGCCAUCCACACCACAGCCCGUACCUGCCGUCCUAUCACAACAACAUGGGAGGACAGACAAGGUUAGACGGCACAGAGCAGCAGAAGACGACAGUGAUCGAAAACGGGGAGAUUCGUUUUAACGGCAAAGGCAAGAAGAUUCGCAAACCUCGGACAAUUUAUUCCAGUUUGCAGCUUCAAGCACUGAACCACCGUUUCCAGCAAACACAGUACCUCGCUUUACCGGAGCGCGCCGAGCUGGCCGCCUCUCUAGGACUGACGCAAACACAGGUAAAAAUUUGGUUUCAGAAUAAAAGGUCAAAGUUCAAGAAGCUGCUGAAGCAAGGCGGUAACCCGCACGAGAGCGAGCCCAUCCCGGGCUCCAUGUCCCUGUCCCCGCGCUCUCCGAGCAUCCCCCCAAUCUGGGACGUGUCGGCCUCAUCCAAAGGAGUAAACAUGCCGGCCAACAGCUACAUGCCCGGCUACUCUCACUGGUAUUCCUCCCCACAUCAAGACUCAAUGCAGAGAUAGACUGACGACGAAAGCAAGGUCAGGGAGCCUGUCUUGGAGAGGCCUCCGGAUCUCGGCAAUGCAGUUUCCAACGUAGCCUACAAUUUGUGUCAGCUCAGAAACUGGAUGCUGGAGAGGAGCAGGCAACAACAACAACAACAACAACAACAACAACGAAAAAAAGCCCCCUCUCUCUUCCACUCCUUUGCUGAAGGAUGAGACACAGCCAAGCCUCGGUGUGUGAUGAUGAUGACACAAACAAGGGAACUAACCAUUUUUAGCGUACAUGGCUGUUCAGUGGGCUCGCAUUUGUUAUGCUUUCAUUCUUGUCACCAUCUGAACCGUCAAUAUACCAAAUAUUAUCAGUGACAUUUUAGCCACUUUGGACAAAGACUGCUCACACUCUCUAUGCGCUGCUGUGGCGCCCAGAAACCUUUUUUUUUCUUUUGCCAUGGUGGACUGCUUUUUUUUUCAAAAUUUUCUUCCUUCAAUUUUUUUUCCCUCCCUGAUUGUUUCUCCAACAUGCAAAACCAAGCAAAUUGUCUGUCUGUAAAUAUAAUCUGCGAUUUUAGUUGUACAUACACUUUUUAUGUUUUGUCAGAUUGAGUAAACGGUGACUCAAA